AUAAAAAUAUCAUUGCAAAGCAAAAUGAUACGUUGCUUAAUGAAAUCUAUCUUUGUUGCUCGAGAUCUUUCAUCGCAGACAUACGGAAAAUGUUUCUAUCAAUUAUUCUUCUCAACGAUGAAGCUAGCAGAUACAUUAGCAGCUACUGAGGAAAGAAAAAGCAUGCCACUCAAUUCUAAUGACAUAAUAACCGCUUCCAUGCAAUCACAUACAAUUCCAAUGGUAAACGCAACGGUAACAUCAACAAAGACGAUAUCGUUAUUGGAACCUUCCAAUUCUGAGAUGUCGGAAAGUAUUAAUAUUCCUACAUCCAAAGCUAUGCCACGUAUCCAUAUAGAACAAACACCAUUACCGUUUGAAGAGAUUCCUGGCCCAAUGAUUCUGAAAUUAUGGGAAAAGUAUUGGAGAUACGUGCCACUCUUGGGUACGCAACUGUUUUGCAGUCUGUUAAUAAGCAGACUUACGGAGGGACGAUUAUCCUGGAAUCGCAACGUCACACCAAUUAAAUAUCUGUUUGAUGAAUAUGGAUGCAUCGUGAGAAUUAAUGGACCGCUUGUGAAUGAUAUAAUAAUGAUUCACAGACCUGAGCAUAUAGCCAAAGUUUUCAAUCGGGAGAGCCAGUCACCCAUACGUAGUGGUAUCGAUAUUCUUCAACAUUACCGCCUUAAUCAUCAUAAAUAUCGUUCUGCCGGAGCGUUUUCUUUACAAAGUUUGGAGUGGUUAGAAGUAAAAGAGAAAGUUGAUCAACCGUUACAUGAAACUAUUUCCGAUUAUACUGAAAAACUGGAUUCAGUGUGCGGCGAACUUAUUAAUAGAAUUCGUAAUAUACGCAAUCGUCAAGAUGAGGUACCAGCAAAUUUUCAUCGAGAACUCACCGCAUGGGGCAUGGAAUGUUUCUAUGUGAUCAUGUUCAACCAUCACUUUGGUUUUCUUGAUUCUACCUCAAAAUCAGCUUCAGAAGUCACAAAAAUUAUUAACGCGCUAAAUACUGCACACACGUAUAUGAGUCGCUGCGAAACCGGAUUUCAGGUGUGGAGAUUCUUCGAAACUCCAUUCGUCAAAAAACUUUAUGCAGCUUGCGACAUCCUUGACGAAGUUAUUGGAAAAUAUAUUCAGCAAACUCAAAAUAAGCUGCAGACUUCAUCGAUGACAAAACAAGAGAAAUCUACGAAUGAAGAAAGAAAUUUAUCGUUACUCGAAAAAAUGAUGAUUCAGCGUAUCCAUCCAAACGACAUUUCUAUCCUCUUGAUGGACAUGAUUAUUUUAGGCGUUCAAGCUGUCAUUAAUUGCGAGGCAUUCCUACUUUAUUUCCUAGCGAAGAAUCCUAGAGUGCAGAAACGGUUGUAUAAUGAAAUAAUGUCUGUUUUGUCGAAAACGAAGUAUACUCUGACGAAGGAAAGCUUGGAAAAUAUGCCAUAUUUAAAAGCGUGCAUAAAAGAAAGUCUCAGAUUACGACCAGCGUUUCCUUAUUUAACAAGAUUAUUACCGUCGGCAAUUUCGUUACAUGGAUACACGAUACCAAAAGGAACUUUCGUCAUAAUGGCCAAUCAAAUAACAUCACAGCGUGAGGAACAUUUUGAAGAUCCUGAAAAGUAUCAACCAGAAAGAUGGUUGAAUCAGGAUAAAUACGUGCAUAGCGAUUAUCAAGAGUAUUCAUGUCUACCUUUCGGCUAUGGUGUACGAUCAUGUCUAGGAAAAAAUAUGGCUGAAACACAAAUGAUGUUACUCACUGCAAAAUUGGUAAAAGAAUUUACAAUUGAGUACGAUUACGCUGAGAUCCAAAGUCGAUUUCUUAUACUAAAUGUACCAAAUAGACCAUUACGUUUUCGAUUUGUAGAUAGAAAUUAAAAAACAAUAAGAAAUGUGGAAUUCUCUCUCACACACGUAAGAUAAAAGAAUCGAUGAAACAAAAUAAUUAUUAGAUGUGAGAAUGUAUCUGUAUUAAGAUGAUAUUAUAAGAAUUAUUAUCAUAUAAGAUUACCUUUCUGUACAAAACCUUUCUGUACAAUAAAGGAGGGAACAAACUAUGAUACUACAUAUUAACCAUAUACUUAUUCUUAUGUCAAAUUAUAUAUUUCUUUAAUGACAGACAAACUUAGAAGUUACACAAUAACAUAUAUGUUUAUACUCGUAUUUACAUACAAUGCGUUCCAAUUUGCUUGAUAGAUACAAAGUGAGAAAUGUACCUGAAUGAAUUAAUGUUAGAGUUUACAAUAUUAAUUGUUACAAAUAAAAUUAAUUAAUA